AUGUCGAUGUCGCCUUCGACGAUGGCAAUGUCGCUGACGCCGGAUGACACACCGCCAAAGAUCCCGCCCAAGUCAAGGGCGCGGUCGCGCACAUCAUCCAGCGUGGAGACAAUGAAAGAGCGCAUCGCUGGCGCCAUGUUGGAGGUCGACAAGCUCCAGCGGGAGAUCGACUUAGUCAUGGAGCGUCAGAGCAUUUACGCCAGCAGUCGACCUUCGACCGCUCAUUCGAUGGCACUGACAGCGCACGACAUGGAUCCCAUACCCACGGUCCCCGCCCUGCCACCAGCCGCACCCUCGUUCGCAGAGCGCCUCAACCCCGGCGUCGAUCGCCCGCACACGGCGCCGCCCCGGCCGCCGAUGCACAUUCCCCACCGCGGCAUGGCCUUCGCCGAUGCCUCGGCCGCCUUCAUCACCCCACCCCCGAGCCGCGGCAGGGAAACCCGACCGCCGCCGCCUCCUCCCCUGCCGCUCGUUCUCCGCCCGCCGCUGCGCAAGAAGAAAUCCUUCUCGCGCGUGUCCAGCUGGCUGUUCCCGGGCAGCAACAUGGGUGGUGCCGCGGAGCAGCACCACCGGAACGUCAGCCACGAUUCCAUCACCAAUCUUCCCCGCCCCGUCAAGGGGCGCGAGGGCUUCUACCAAUGUGUCCAUGCGCCGCGGGACGGGCGCACGAGUUUUGACACGGCGUCGACUGUGUCGACGUGGGAGUCGGAAGACGGGGGCCAGACGGUCCCGACGACGUGGUCGCCCGGCAGCACCCCCGCCACCAGAGCGGAGGAGCAUCCGCCGCUGGAGCGCGUCACCACGUUUGGGAAAGAAAAAGACACGGCUGGGCCUAGACGGACCAGCGUCGGCGUGGCGUUUUGA